AGGAGCGCACGUCCAAGAGCGCGCACACACAUCCCAUGAAAUAAUGUGUCGUUUCUGUUUUCACAGACCGACAGUGCCUAUGCUUAGUAAGCCGCACAUUUGGUUAUUUUUUGUUGUAGCUGUUAAAGCGGUGUCCGUCAACGGGGUAUGGCCAAUGCCUCAGAAGAUGAGCAGUUUCGUUGAGCGCUACCCUAUCUCACCUCAGGCUUUCACUUUCCAGUACACACCUGGCUCGGUCGCUCAGUCUGGCUGCUCAGUUCUAGACUCAGCCUUCAAGAGGUACUUCAAGCUAAUCUUCCCAGAUGAGCUCAGACAACCAGGUGUGCAUUUUGGGCCCUUGGCAAAGCCAUUUACAGUCCAAGUGGGAGUUUCUGAGGGCAACUGUGAUGGCUACCCCAGCGAGAGCUCGAAGGAAAGCUACAGGCUGAGUGUGUCAUCUGGGGUGGCGACUGUGCGCGCAGAGAUGGUGUGGGGAGCAUUGAGAGGUUUGGAGUCCCUCAGUCAGUUAGUCUACCAAGACGAUUAUGGAGUUCAUUACAUCAACAAAACUGAGAUUGAGGACUUUCCCAGAUUUCCAUUUCGUGGACUGCUAUUGGAUACCUCUCGACACUACCUACCGCUAUACGCCAUUAUGGAGACUCUGGAUGCCAUGUCAUACACCAAGCUGAAUGUGUUCCACUGGCACAUCGUGGAUGACCCUUCCUUCCCGUAUCAGAGCAAGCUCUUUCCUGACCUCAGUAACAAGGGUGCCUUCCACCCCAUGACGCAUGUGUACACCCAGUCGGACGUGAGGAGGGUGAUCGAGCACUCCAGGCUACGAGGAAUCCGCGUGGUGCCCGAGUUUGACUCCCCGGGUCACACCCAGUCAUGGGGAAGAGGACAGCCUGACCUCUUGACCCCUUGUUACCGCGGUGAUGUGCCUUCUGGAACCUAUGGGCCAGUGAACCCUAUCCUGCGCUCCAGCUACGUCUUCAUGGCCAAGCUCCUCAAGGAGGUGGCGUCUGUCUUCCCCGACUCCUACCUGCAUCUGGGAGGGGAUGAGGUCGAUUUCACCUGCUGGAAAUCCAACCCAGAUGUUCGCUCCUUCAUGAAGACGAUGGGUUUUGGAACAGACUUUAGCAAGCUAGAGUCCCUUUACGUGGAGUACAUGGUGAACAUCAGCGCAUCUCUCAACAGGACGUCUAUUGUGUGGCAGGACGUGUUUGACUACCAUGAGAAGAUCCCCAAGGACACGGUUCUGGAGAUCUGGAAGGGGCUCCCCCCGGCCUAUGCCCAGGAGAUGAGUCGCAUGACCCAGGCCGGCUACCGCGUCCUGCUGUCCGCCCCCUGGUACAUCAACCACAUACGCUACGGCCAGGACUGGCGAGACUCCUACACCGUCAAGCCCCUGAACUUCUCUGGCACUGAGACGCAGAAGAGACUGGUGAUCGGUGGCGAGGUGUGCAUGUGGGGAGAGUAUGUGGAUGCCACCAACCUCAGCCCCAGACUCUGGCCCCGGGCGUGCGCUGCUGCAGAAAGGUUGUGGAGUGAUGAGAAUCAGACAUCCAGCACAGAUGAAGCGUUUCCUCGCAUCACCAACUUCCGCUGUCGCCUCCUCAGGCGUGGGAUUCGUGCAGAGCCACUGGAUGUGGGCCAUUGUCAGAGGGAGUUUCAGGGCUUCUGAAGAGGUUGUGGAAAGGGAAGCUCUUUGGUAUAUAACUGUGAACUGAUAAUAAUUGACUACUUGAAAGGGAAGUUCUAUUGCACAUAGCAGGGAAUUGACUACUAGAUUAUUGCUUUUUCACUAAUCCAAGCUUCCUCCGCAGUAACUUGCUCUUGCAACACUUUUGCACCUAACACACAGACCGACCCAUCUCACUGCUAGGCCAGUCCCAUCUCACUGUGUCUAUGACAUGCCAUUACCAUUAUGAGGUAUGGGUUCCUAUGACCAGAGGUCUGUGUCACGGAUAUCUGAGUGAUAGAUGUAGAUGGAGGGUUGAACAUCCAUGACGCUCCUAAUUAAAAUGCAUGGCUUGAGUUAACACGACAUAAACAGGGAGCCCAAAAGCACUGGUGUGUGUGUGUGUGUGUGUGUGUGUGUGUGUGUGUGUGUGUGUGUGUGUGUGUGUGUGUGUGUGUGUGUGUGUGUGUGUGUGUGUGUGUGUGUGUGUGUGUGUCUGUGUGUGUGUGUGUGUUGAUUGGUGUGCGUGUGUUCCUCUAAAGGACAUGCUAUAACAGCACAAUAAAACGGUCUAAAGGUACUUAUUGGCCCAGAUAUAAGAUGGGUUUUUGUUUUAAAAAUAGGUCUUUAAAAAGGGGAUUGUCUUAUAUUCAGGAUUGUCUUAUAUUCGGGCCUAUACAGUACUGUAUACUGUAUACUGUCAGUUAAUUACCCUGCAAUUACUAUGACGGUUGGAUUUGACACCAGUGUAGCCAGAGUUUCAAAGGGUUGCUGUGUUUCAUGCAAAGUGUACUGAUUGUAGUAUAUAUAUUUCCUUAAGUUCAUAUUGUUAUUAUAGGGAGCAAUGGUGGCCUUCUUGUAAUUUCACUUAAUUACCCAAAAUUUUACUUAUUUGCACUGACACUGUCCUUGCACUGCUGUGAUUCGAACCUAAAGUUAUGGUUUGCUGUUAGUUUAUCUCACUCAACUGUCUUUCAUUUUCUUUUAAUGAAGUGAUAUUCAUUUGCAAAGAAAGCCAUUUUUGUAAUUAUUAUUUCUUUUACUUGCUAUUUUUUUCUAUUUACAGAUUUUUAGUGAAAUCAUUUUGCAUUACAGCCACUUGUGGACUUGAACUUGCUAAUAAAUUGUUUCCCUUUGCGCAGACUAAA